AUGCAAUGUUCGAGGCAUCACGUUGCUUCACGGCUCCACAAUGGCCUCGACUCCUUCGAAUCAAAUAGUUCGGCCACUUUCAUCCUUGAUCAUCAUCUGCCCUCACAUUCCUCACUCAUCCCCCACGUCAUACACUAUUCCUCUUACCUCAUCCUUCCGCUCCAGUCUCCAUUUGACCUCUUUCCUUUACCACUUCCUUUCUCCCUUCCCCCAUAUACCUCCCUCUUUGUCCACAUAACUUCCCCCCCUCCCCCCCUCCCCUUCUACCCUCCCACCAUGUCGAACGCCAUGGCAAAGCUUCGCCGCAUUGUCCAUCGCCGGCGUUCGUCCACCGGUACCUCCGAUAAUGAAAAGGAAGUUCUUACCCUCACCGUCGCCAGGGAUGAGCUUUGUAUUCUCAAAAAAAAUGCAGAUGCGGGCGUCGCUCCGUGCAAGUCAGGCACGCUGCUCAAAUAUACCAACGUCGUGAAGAGAUACAAGCCCCGAUUCUUUGAGCUUGAAAACGGUACAAGGAAAAUGUUUGCCUUUCUGAAAAGACAAACCUCGAAAGAGGACAAGGAAUCUGAUGUCAAGGGUAAGAUCAACCUGCAGCUCGCUGUCAUUUCUGCAGAUGAUUCAGAUCCUACCAGGUUUGUUAUUGAUGUUGGUGCCGACCUCAUUCAUCUCAAGGCCAGCACAGAGGAAGAGCGUGAUGAAUGGGUUGCCGUCAUGAACGCCUCCAACCACUAUUUUCGAAACCUCAUCAAGAAGGCUGUCAACCGCGCCAAGGAACGUGCAGAACUGCUCGAUUCCGUAACUCAGAAACAAACCACAAUACCUUCAACGAUUGCGCAUCACCCAUCCCCUGACAAUGCGCCCCCACCUACGGGUCGCGUCAGCAGCGGCAGCACAGAAUCCGAUGACACUGUCUUCGAGGACGACGGCGUCAAGGAAGCACAGCAGAGUCGAAAAGCCCUUUUGUCCGAACUUAAGCGUGUCCAUGCCGUGUGGAGGCAAAAAUGGGUUGAUGAUCCCACUGAGGCUGCACUGCGGAGCGAGCAUGACUUUUUGGUUACACUCGCAGACACUUUCCGAGAUCCUCGCCAACAUCCGCCGUCAUCAAUUGAGAAUGCACGCGAAUCUGUCAAAGGCCUCAUGGACCUUAUUGCGUGGUGCUUAUACGCCAUACAAACUAAUGAUGAGAUUUUUGAGCGCCGCUUGAAGGCGGACCUCACCCGCCUCAUGUCAGACGGUUUGCCUGUCUUCCCUGCCAGUCCGAGGAAGCAGCAGCAGACCCUCCGAACGAAUUUCGAUGAGCCAGAGGAAAGCGAUAUGGACAGCGAUACUGAAUUUUUCGAUGCCCUCUCUAGGGCAGCCAGUAUGCGGUCUGGUAGAUCAAGAACGCUUCCCCCUCUCGAUGCAGUCCUGGGUGAGACUGAUUUGGAGGAACCGAGAGUUAAAAGGCUUGGCAUCAAUGAGGUGCAGCGUGUCCAUACGAGGGUUAUUUCAAAGGGCUUCAGGCAUGUGCGAACCAGUCUUCCCAAGCUUCCGGGGCCGAGGGAGAAACUUAACGUGUUUAAUAUUCUUAAGGACUCUGUCGGGAAGGACUUGUCCAAGGUUGUGGUCCCGAUCACCCUCAACGAACCGAUUUCUUUCUUGCAACGCCUUGCGGAGGAUAUCGAGUACAGUGAGCUCCUGGACAAGGCAGCAGAACAGUCAGAUGCUGAGCGAAGAAUGAUGUACGUAGCAACAAUGGUUAUCUCGCACUACAGCUCGACCCAAGGACGUGUACAGAAACCAUUCAAUCCUUUGCUUGGAGAGACCGCUUGUGUGAUAAUGCCCAACAAAGGAAAGGGUCUGCGCUUUAUGGCAGAGCAGGUGAGUCACCACCCUCCAGUUUCUGCUUGUUACGCCGAGGGUUCCGGUGCUUCCUGGAAAUAUCAUAAUGCGAUCGAAAUCAAGAACAAGUUUUGGGGUAAGAGCCUGGAGGUCUUUCCGGUCGGCUUAAACCACGUUGAGAUUCCUGAAUACGGGGAUCACUAUGUAUACAAGCAAGUGACGACCUGUGUUCACAAUAUCGUUGUUGGUCGACUGUGGCUUGAUAACUAUGGAGAGCUGGAGAUUACGAAUAGGACGAACGGCGGAAAAUGCAUCAUCUCAUUCAGCAAGACGGGGUGGAUGAGUGAUUCGAGGUCCUUCGGAGCAAUCAAGGCUACUGUGUACGACGCCAACGGCAAGGCGAAAAUUAGAUUGGGCGGAAACUGGACGAAAGCAGUUUGGGAGGAACUCCCGAAAGGCAGGCGAAACGUUCUCUGGACCGUAGAAGAACGACCAGACGAAACUGCUUCUCAGAUGUACAACAUGACAAAGUGGGCAAUCUCGCUUAACGCAGAGGUGCGCGACGAAGAGCGCAAAUUUGUGGCUCCAACCGAUAGCAGAUAUCGUCCGGAUCAAAGAGCGCUUGAAGCGGGAGAGUGGAGAGCAGGAACAGAACUCAAAGCACAAUUAGAAGAAGCCCAGCGAAGUCGCCGCAGGAUGCAGGAAGGGUGGAUGGCGUGA